AGCAGGACAGAGCGCGCCGCAGCCCCGCGCGUCCGGCCGCCGCCCGUGCCCAUCAAGCAGCCGCGCCGGAGCUACACCGCGGGACAGCCCGGGCCGCGGCGCACCCCGGCUCGGCCCAGCCCAGCCCAGUCCCGGCACCGGGCGGCCCGGCGGCCGGCCCGCCCCCGAGGGCGCCGGGCGCGCCGGGAGGAUGCCGAAACCGACGCUGCUGCUGCGCGGGGGCUGGGAGCGCGAGCGCAGCCCCGGGGACUCGGAGCUGGGCCGCCAGUUCCGGGACUGGUGCCUGCGCACCUACGGCGACUCGGCCAAAACCAAGACGGUGACACGCAGCAAAUACCAGCGGAUCGCCGAGGUCCUGCAGGGCGGCGGCGGGACCGGCGCGGGCAGCGGCCCGGCAGCCGGCGAGAAAGGCAAGUUCCAGUUCUGGGUGCGCUCCAAGGGCUUCCGCCUGGGCAGCGGCCGGGAACCCAAGAUGGGCCAAGUGGUGUAUGUGCCGGUCAAGACGGGCUCGGGGGCAGAUGGCCUGUCGGAGCCGGAGGGCAUCUCUCUGAAGCGGGUCGCUGUGGUGGAAGAUUUCUUUGACAUCAUCUACUCGAUGCAUGUGGAGAGCUCAGCGGAGCCAGGCAAAGCCCCCAAGCACGCUGGGCAGAAGAAAACCUACCGAGCGAUUGCCGAGACCUACGCCUUCCUUCCGCGAGAGGCUGUGACCCGGUUCCUGAUGAGCUGCACGGAGUGUCAGAAGAGGAUGCACUUUAAUUCCAACGGCCUGGAGCCCAAAGAAAGCGAGCCUCCCUCCCCUCUGGUCUCCGGGAUUAUCGAUUACAACAUGCCCCUCACCUCUACGUACCUGAAGCAGAUGAAGUUGCGCGUGAUGAAUUCCCAGGAGCAGGAUGAAACUUCUGUGAGCAGUGAAGAUUUUGAUAUGAACGACUCCACAUGGAUGUCAGCUGACCCACACCUGGCCUCCAGCCUGAGUCCCAGCCAGGAGGAGAGGAUGCGGAGCCCGCAGAACCUCCACAGCCAAGAGGACGACGACUCCUCCUCCGAGAGCGGCAGUGGCAAUGGCUCCUCCACCCUGAACCCGUCCACCUCGAGCAGCACACAGGGAGACCCCGCCUUCCCCGAGAUGAAUGGCAACGGCACCGUGGCCCCCGUGGACUUCACCGCCACCGCCGAGGAUCAGCCCAUCAACCUGUGCGACAAGCUCCCGCAGGGCUCAGCGCUCGGCACGCCCUCCUACCCCUCCGACGCCGAUGGACUGCGGAGCCGCGUCAAGUAUGGGGUGAAGACCACCCCCGAGUCCCCCCCCUACAGCUCGGGGAGCUAUGACUCCAUCAAAACCGAGGUCAGCGGCUGCCCUGAGGACCUGACGGUGGGCCGGGCCCCCACAGCAGAUGACGACGACGAUGACCACGACGACCAUGAGGACAAUGACAAGAUGAAUGACUCCGAGGGCAUGGACCCUGAGCGCCUCAAGGCCUUCAACAUGUUCGUGCGUCUCUUUGUGGACGAGAACCUGGACCGCAUGGUGCCCAUCUCCAAGCAGCCCAAGGAGAAGAUCCAGGCCAUCAUCGAGUCCUGCAGCCGGCAGUUCCCUGAGUUCCAGGAGCGGGCCCGCAAGCGCAUCCGCACGUACCUCAAGUCCUGCCGGCGCAUGAAGAAGAACGGCAUGGAGAUGACCAGACCCACACCUCCCCACCUGACCUCGGCCAUGGCAGAAAACAUCCUGGCAGCUGCCUGUGAGAGCGAGACGAGAAAAGCAGCCAAAAGGAUGCGCCUGGAGAUCUACCCGUCCUCUCAGGACGAGCCCAUAGCCCUGGACAAGCAGCACUCCCGGGACUCCGCAGCCAUCCCCCACUCCACCUACUCACUGCCAGCCUCCUCCUACUCCCAGGACCCUGUGCACGUCAACGGUGGCCUGAACUACAGUUACCGUGGCUACGGGGCCUUGGGCAGCAACCUGCAGCCCCCUGCCUCCCUCCAAACAGGAAAUCACAGUAAUGGGCCCACGGACCUCAGCAUGAAAGGCGGGGCCUCCAACACCUCCACCACGCCCACGCCCACGCCCUCCAGCAACAGCACCAGCCGGACCAUGCCCACCGCCCAGCUCAGCCCCACCGAGAUCAGUGCCGUGCGGCAGCUCAUCGCCGGCUACCGGGAGUCCGCCGCCUUCCUGCUGCGCUCAGCAGAUGAACUGGAAAACCUCAUUUUACAGCAGAACUGACCCAGCAGCACGUGGAGUGCACUACCCUAGGGAAGGAGGCUCUCCCAGCCCCGGACCGGCUUCCCGCCUCACCAGUUGGUACCUUUUGUUUUUUGAAAGAGGUGGAUGCAGAAGAGCUGUUUCUAGCCACACUCCAAGCGCCUGAGACUCUGGGCACAAGGACACUUUUUUUUGGAAUCUCACCACACGGGUGCUCUGACCUGCUUGGAAGAGGCCAACGGGGCAGCUUUGGAAGGGCUGGGGCUCCCCCUGACAAGGCGCUGGGGCCGCAGCUCUAUUUAGAAUCAUCUUCGUGGACCCUGAUGUUAGAAUCCCACCCCCAGAUAAUUACCUUUCAAGUCUUAGGUGAGCAGAAUUGCAUAUUUAUUGAGAAAAACAAAGUGGACCCUUUCUUCCUCUCCCCUUAGUAAUUUAUUUUUCUGAAAAUGGAUUCUUUUGUGUUUGUACAGAUUGCCAGUCUGUGUCUGUCUGAUCAGAAGGAUGUAUCCCUGUGACCUAACAUUCCAUAUCACUACACUGGCGCGGGCUGGGGGCCGGCAGGGCUGGGGGCAGCGGGGGCGCCGGGCUGGCUGUCCCUCUGAGCGCCCAGCCCCGCCAAGCAGGAGGACCUCACCCACACCCACUACAGAGCAAAGACAAACAAAAGCGGCUCCCCCUCCCCCAUCCCACAGACGCCCCAGUCACACGGUCACCCGUAUUCUACCUCACACUCCAGCGUGGGCUUUUCCAGGAUGUGCCCUGAGCCUGUUCUGAACGGCUGUCUCCCACCUCCCCCACCCAGUGUGUCUGCCUGGGAGGUAAGUCCAGAGGGGAGGCCAGGAGCUGGAUGGAGCCCAGGGAGGAGCCCCUGGCCCCAGCGCUUGACAGGACAGAGUGCUGGGGCACAGGCAGCCGGUCAGCUGGGUCCUUGCCCUCACCCUGCCCCCAGGGAGCCAGGUCGGAACACUUCUCCGCACAGGCCCUGGCCCCUCGGACAGGGCCCCCGACCCCACCCCCCUCAUUGCUGCAGGGUGCGCCCCUGGCUGUCAGGAAAGGUGGACCGCAGCUCCUGUCCCCUGCCCCCGUGGCUGGAGUAAAGGGACCAUCAGCAGAAGUGGAGAAGCCACCUGGGUUCUCCUAGGACCAGCCCUUCUGCAGGGGCCAGUCCUGGAAGAAACCCAUAAUCCCUGGAGUGUGAAAAAGGGCAAAAAGAAAAGGCUGGCCUGGUUUCCUUCCUCCCCGAUAGGCACUUCCUCUUGCUCAGUGCAAUACCUACCAGUGCUGCUAAAACCAGGGAUUUGCCCAGACCUCACAAGGCCCACAGGGCCUCUCCAUGCGACACUCCGUAGCCAUGACAGAAGCCCUCUGUUGCCUUUCCGCCCUCAGAGCAAAGAGGUCCCAUGGGAGCCAGGGCCGAGGGGACCCUAGGGUCGAGAGCCGCUCGACCCCAAAGCAGGCGCCCCCUUCCCAAACCAGCUUUUCUGCAGCCAACUGCCUCCUGGCACUGUGGCAGACCACCCUCAGGAGGGGUGGUGAGGGGGCUCCAGCGUGGAUGCCUCCCCCUCCUCGGAUCCGCGACUGAGCUAUGGGCCCCCGAUCCAGAAAGUCUGAAGGGCAGGGGGUCCUGCCCCCUGCUUGCUUCCAGCCCCGAGAGGUUGAGGGUGGCCUUGGCUCUCCCAAGUGGCCUCCAGCACCCCACGCAGCCACACCACCUCUGCCUUCCAUCUGACCAGUCCCCAGGCUCCAGCCAGGGCCGGGACGCCGAGACCCGCCGUCAGCACAGCACAAGCUCCAGUGCCCGAGGCCGCUCCCACCCCACCCCCAGCGUCCACACGUCCCGCCCCCAUCUGCUCAGUACUACUCGCGGACGUUUGAAUUUGUGUAAAUAUUUAUUUUUGUGUGUGAACAAUACUACAAAAAGUAAUCAGUAGAUCUUUUGCAAAAUGUUACCCCAGGCAAUUUGUGAAAAUCUUAACGUUGAAAACUGGCACAGACAAUCGCCGCCUUAGAAUUCUCGACAUCAACUGCUUCACGUGUCAUUUCUCCUCCCGGAGGCAGUACCCAAGCCAGGCACAAACGGUUAGCUUUUCUGAACACACAGGAGUGAGAAAGACUGGGGAAGCGGCUUCCGCCACCACCCGCACAAGGGAUUAGAUCUGAAGCUCAGUAUAAGCUCCAGUGUGAAGUCGUGUUUUUCUGAGUCAAGCUUGUCCUAACUGACUGACCACCUUCAGCGGCCUUAGCACCGCGAUAAGAGUGUGGGUUCAGUGUGCUUCCAAGAGAAAGGAAGCAAACGAUGAUAGGGGUCAAGGUCCGCUGGGGCUCCCAGAGCCCCUCCAGGACAGUGGAUCCCAUCACGUUGACCCCACCUCUGGGGUGGGCUCCUUCCGAGUGAAGCUGCACUUCACGUGAAGCCCUCGUGACGGCCGAAUCGGGAGCAAGUUACUGCGUGGAAACAGGAUUCCAUUAGCUAGUUCCGUCAGGGAACUUGUUCAGUUUUGCUUUUGUUUUAAAAGAUGCAGCGUCAACCCCAUCCCUCUCCUCCUGACUUGGAGAAGCACCAAGGAGCUGGCUCUGCUGAACCCAGCUCGCUGCUGUCCCCACCCACCCCAGGGACUGCCUUCUCCUAAAGGGAGCGUCUAAAGCCCUGCCCCACAGCCAGUUCUUACGGAGGGCCUCAGGGCACAGAUUGAUCAUUCGGGAUCCUGCUUUUAAGAGGUAAUGCAAGAAUAGAAUAUAUAUCAGUUCCAGAGUCUUUGCAGGGGGCUAACUAAUCCCACAAGGUUGGAAUCAGAGGAGAAAUGGGAAUUUGGUCUUAGUGGUGGGUCAUCGGGUAGACCAGUGAGAGUACAACCCAUCUAAAACUCAUUUUACCAUCACCACUCAGUUUAUACCCAAGGACAGUGUUGAGGGGGAGGGGGACCGGCAGGGGGUUGGAAAGUUUUAGAAGAUUUCAAACAAACAGGUGGAACCCAGCCAUCCCUAUUCCCAAGGGCCACUUAUGACUCCAGGGGUGGUUAUAGGAUUAAUUACCAGUUCAUAUUCAAAAUGCUGCUUUGAACUCAGAGGGUUGAUACUUUUAAUUUGUAAUUUUUUGUAAAACUUUUUACAAGAUAGUAAAGUAUUUCACCAGAAUACCAGUUUCAAUCCGUCCAUGGUCUGAUUUUUAUAUAAUUUAGUGGUGCUUUAGAAACUUUGUUUUUGUUGUUUAUGAGCUAAACAGCUCAGUCCUUUUUCGCCUGUAUCUACCUAAGACCAAUGUGAACCUUUGUAUUUUUGCUCCUAAUUUUGGACUCAGUGAAAGUGUACUGUUUACAUGUACAGAUGCCCCGGUCCCUGUGUGUCCUGCAAGACUCGCUCCUGAGGAGGAAGGUGCACCUCAAAGCUCAUCUGCUUAGCAAAGCCACAAAACAAAAACCUCUCACUUUUUACCUAUGUUUCCACCUAAAAACAAAAACAAAAAACCUACACCACACAGAACUCAGAUUUGCUGAAAAAUACUUUUCUAAGCUCAGAAAAAUCUCCAUGCGGCAGAUGGCCCAUAUGCUUGUGUCAUAUGGUCCAUUUAGGAGCAGGGCUCAGAAGGGAGACUUCCUACCGGCUGCAGGUGGGACACUGACUGCGUGGACUCAUGAAAAGUGAAACUAGGACUUGGCUGCAGAGCCGAGGGUGGAUAUAGCUCUUCUCCUGACAGCCUGGGAAUGGGAAGGUCACGUUGACUCAUGGGAGCUUCAGGGUCAAGCCACCCAAGAUUUAGGGACAACCCGAGAGGUUUCCAAUCCCCUGGCAUAAUUUAGACACGUUGGGGAAGAGCGCAAGUUCCUUACCUGAGGUGAGUUUUAAGACUUUCCAAUGCAGAUGGUAUAAGCAUUUCUUCAGGGUCCCCUGGAGGCAGCUCAUUCAUGAGGCAUCACCUCUGGGGAGGGGCAGGGGGCUCCAGACAGUAAGCAUAUGGCACUUAAGACAAACAGCAGAUGGCACCAACUUUUGAAGAUGACUCUUUAUUAAUCAAUGGCUUCACCUCUAAAUUAUAUUUUUACAGAUAUGCACCUAUGCAACUUAACGUGGCUCUUCUAAGCAGGUGAGGACUUCCUCCUCAAUGCUCUAUAAAAAUUAUUUGUGUUCUAUAUAGUGAGUUUUUCCAGUAAAUGUGGCUUAAUAUUUUAAUUCUUAGAAUGUGUCUUCUCUAUGUGAUGCAACUAAAUUCUGUUUUGUUUGUGGAAUGACUAGCACAGGCCAACUCCCUCUCCCCUCACUUAACAAAAGACCAAUGAGCUGUUAAUCGAGCUGUUAUCUCCAUGGUAUUACUUGCUAAAUGCACUGAUUUCAUAAGUAUGUGGAAUCCUUUUUCUUUUGAAUCUGUAUAUCAUAUAUAAGACUGAAUCUACUUAAUAAACACUGAAUAACAAACUGAA